CGGACGGCAAACUUGCGGAGGAGCGGGCGGCGGUGCCUCAGCACCGAUCUCCACCACCAGUCCACUAGCAGGACAGCCGCCGCUAGCAAGCCAUUUGUUCAGUGAUGAAGAAAGCUAGGAAGACCGGGCUGGAGGCGCAGAUCAUGACCACCAUGUUGGGUUCUUCUGUUCAGUUCAGAAUAGACUACGAGCAAACCAAACAGCUUCCCAUCGGCAAGGCCGUUUACUCCGACGUCUUCUCCGUCGGGGGACACAACUGGAGGAUUGAGUGCUACCCGCGUGGGGCACAUAAGGAACACAAGGGCGAGCAUCUAUCCAUAUUCCUCAAGCACAUGGGCAGAACCAAAAGAGUAAAGGCAAUCUUCGAGGCCUUCUUGAUGGACAAGGAUGACCAACCGUGUACCACGGCUUCAAGAAGGUCAUGCGUUCGUGAAUUCCCAAUCGAUGGUGAAGGCAAUGCUGAUGAUGUCGACUGGGGAUGGAGUCAGUUUGUUGACAGAACUAAGCUGGAGAAUGACUACGUAACAGACGGGCACAUUACAUUUGUGUGUGGCAUCAUGGUCAUCGAUGACAGCCCUAUUCCUGUGCCACCUUCUGACAUCGGGAUCCAUUUCGGCCGCUUGCUAGAUCACACGGACGGGAUGGAUGUGUCAUUCACCAUCGAUGGCCAGACCUUCCACGCUCACCGUGCAGUGCUUGCUGCCCGCUCACCGGUCUUCAGAGCCGAGCUCUUCGGCCCCAUGGCAGAGGCUACGAUGACAUCCAUCACGCUGCAAGAAAUUGCGCCUGCAACAUUCAAAGUUAUGCUUCGGUUCAUAUACACCGAUGCGUUGCCUGGAGAAGAUGAGCUUGGGGACCCUUCCGCUGACAUACUUCAGGAUCUACUUGCUGCGGCCGAUCGAUAUGCACUAGACAGGCUGAAGCUUAUGUGUGCCCAAAAGUUAUGGGAUAAGGUGUCGACAGAUACAGUUGCAACUACCUUAGCUUGCGCCGAAACAUAUAACUGUCCUGAGUUGAAGAGCAAGUGCAUUGACUUCUUGGCGGUGCAGGAAAAUUUCCAGGAGGCAGUGUUCACUGAUGGUUAUGCACUGUUGGUUCUGAAAUUCCCAUCAAUUACUGCUGAGCUCAGAAAGAGGGUUAGGACAUAAUACAAUGAGAUUCAUCUGCAUAUGUAUAGUUCAGGUGGAACAAGCUUCAGGAAUCAAGGAAUGCCAUAUCAUCUGCUGACAUCACCGACGAAGUCCAGCUUGGUGUCCCUGAAGACUGGAGAGGCAUUCAACUUCAGUCAAUGCCAGAACAACGUGGCAGUUGCUGAAGGUGCUGGUCUCACUGGCAAUGUUUCAGCAGUGGAGCAAUUCAUCCGCGAGCACGUGAAGGCUUAAAUUCAUCUCAUCCUUGCAAAAUACUACCUCCGUCCCAAGGAAUAAGGCGCACGCGUAUUCCAAGAUGAACUUUG